AUGUUUAACAGCCGAGCGUCGUCGAGCGCCGCGAUCAAGCGCCUCACCAUCGAAUACAAGCAGCUCUCCACCGACCCAAACACACUCUUCCCAGCCGUAGGUCCCAUCUCCGAAGACAACUACCUCGAAUGGGAGGCGCUCGUGCCUGGACCUGACGGCACACCUUUCGAAGGCGGUGUCUUCUCCGCCCGCCUCACCUUCCCCGCCUCGUACCCGCUCGAACCACCAACUAUGCGCUUCGAGCCUCCCAUCUUUCAUCCAAACGUUUACGCCGACGGUCUCGUUUGCAUCUCGAUCCUUCACGCACCUGGUGACGACCCAAAUAUGUACGAAUCCUCCUCGGAACGAUGGUCGCCGGUCCAGUCGAUCGAGAAGAUCUUGCUUUCCGUACUGAGCAUGCUCGCCGAACCCAAUGUCGAGAGCGGUGCCAACAUUGAUGCUUGUAAAAUGUUCAGGGACGACCGCGAAGGGUACGAGAAGAUCAUCCGCGAUUCUGUAAAAGAACAACUCGGCCUUUAA